AAUAACCUAAAAACAUGAAACGCAAAUCCUCCCGGCUUCUAUUACGCCUACAUGUCAACAUUUCGUUGGAGGUCCAAACGCACCGGAUAAGACUAGCUGGAGAAGAUCAGACGCAUUUCUUGAACGAAGACAUGCGCAUGCUCUGUUUCUAUGCACCCAUCUAUCCAGAGGGAGGAGAGGAGAGUAGGCUAAUACAGGUACUAUGCAUUCAGAGGGCUACCAAUGGCAUCUACAUUCUGUAACCUAAUAAGCAUUGGAUCUGGUCAAAAGAAACUCGGCCAUUACCUCUUGAAUCAGAACAACAAUGCAAGGCAAGUUUCACUCGCUUGUAUGCCAAUUCUUACAAGACAUGGAUUCGGAUGUGAAUGGCGUUGUCGUAGAGUCCCUUCGUCGUAUGUUGUCCAAAGGUCAUCUUCUUGUCACCACAAAACAGAAAGCUGUCUGAAUAGAGCUCAUAAAAGACGACUGGCAACGCGGCGGCAUCAAUGUAGGUGCACUUCCUUCAAGAAUGGAGAAGAACAUCUUCAAAGUACUUCUGAAGUGAAGACGGAAGAGUACAUUUCAAGAGCAACCUUGAUAUGGAGGGCGAUCAAACUACCAAUUUACUCUGUUGCCCUGGUUCCUCUCACUGUUGGAAGUGCAGCUGCUUAUUUGCAGACUGGCCUGUAUUCAGCCAGACGUUAUUUUGUGCUCUUGGCUUCUUCAGUUCUCGUCAUUGCCUGGUUAAAUUUAAGCAAUGAUGUUUAUGAUUAUGAUACUGGUGCAGAUACGACCAAAAAAGAGUCAGUUGUAAAUAUGGUUGGCAGCCGAACGGGAACUCUACUUGCUGCCUAUAUGUUACUUGCUCUGGGUUUUGUGGGACUGGCUUGGGUUUCUGUGGGGGCUGGAAAUGUGCGUUCAAUGUUAUUACUGGCUUGUGCAAUCACUUGUGGUUAUAUAUAUCAGUGCCCACCAUUUCGGUUAAGUUAUCAAGGAUUUGGGGAACCCCUGUGCUUCGCCGCAUUUGGCCCAUUUGCUACGACAGCUUUCUACUUACUGCAGAGCAGCACAAGUGAGCUUCCCAUAACUGGCACAAUCCUUUCUGUAUCACUCCUUGUUGGCCUCACCACAGCCCUAAUCCUCUUCUGCAGUCACUUUCAUCAGGUAAAAGGAGAUAGAUCUGUCGGAAAAAUGUCCCCUCUGGUUAGGCUUGGCACAGAAGCCGGCUCAACAGUGGUAAAAGUGGGUGUGGUGACCCUAUAUUCACUUUUGCUUAUCCUUGGUCUUAGCAGAGCUCUUCCUUUUGCUUGCAUGUUUCUCUGUUCCCUGACCUUGCCCGUGGGAAAACUAGUGGUCAGCUUUGUUGAGGAGAACCACAAAGACACAACAAAGAUCUUUAUGGCGAAGUAUUACUGUGUGAGGUUGCAAGCUUUAUUUGGAGCUGCUUUGGCAGCUGGGCUGGUAGCAUCCAGAAUGAUCGUUGAAAGAUCCCUGUGAUUUUCCGGUUACAUGGAUUGAAAGUUUUACCAGGCAGGUUGUAUGCCUAAGCUGCUCAACCCAAGAGAGAGUUCAAGUUGACAUUUUUCUACGAAUCCUGAAUGAGGAGCUACGGAUAGUUGACCUUAAGGUUUUCUGGAUGUCUUUCCCUACGCGAAGCCGACACUUGUGCUCCAAAAUGUCGAAUGAAGAAACCCUUCAUGCAUGGAUGAGAAUUCGAGGUUUACUUUCUGCUUCUGGGUAAAAGGACAACACUCUACUUGGAAAUUUGAUUAUAUGGGUACUAGUUAUGUUUCCUACCAUUUUUUUGCUCAACAUUAACUCCAGUAUCCACAUUCGAUGUAUUGGAGGAUAUAACUGAGACUUGGGGUCCAGAUACUCCUACAUUUUUCAACCUUGUUGAAAUCGCUUUA